UGCCUAUGUGUGUGAGGUGAACUUCAGUCAUCACUAAACAAAAGCUGAUCUUUAUUCUCUCUCAGGAUUUAUUACAGCUGCAGACUUUAGACCACGUUAGCAUCAUGCGGAGCAGUGCUUCCGGCGCCUAACACCGAGCGAUCUGCGCAGGCGUGAGAGGACGGUUCAAUAAAAGUCUGUCAAAUUAAAGACAAAGCUAUGACUUCGCUGUCAGGGGUGUCUCAUCGGUAAACAGGAAGCAGAGACUGAGCAAGACGAGACAGGUCAACGCUAAACCAUGUCGGGACCGGGCACUGCCGGGGGGCAACCCCAAACUGGGACCAGGAGGUUCAUCAGUGGAGUCGUGGAAGGUUUUUAUGGGCGACCAUGGACUAUGGAGCAGAGAACAGAGCUGUUCAAAAGAGAGCAGAAGUGGGGGCUGAACACGUACCUGUACGCCCCCAAGGACGACUACAAACACAGGAUGUACUGGAGGGACCUGUACUCUGCUGAGGAAGCAGAACAACUCAUUGCAUUGAUAUCAGCUGCUAAGCAGCACGAUGUCGAGUUCAUUUACGCAAUCUCUCCAGGCCUGGACAUUACUUUCUCCAACCCCAAAGAGGUUGCUGCCCUGAAGAGGAAACUGGAUCAGGUGAGGCAGUUUGGCUGCAGGUCUUUCUCUCUACUGUUUGAUGACAUUGAGACUGAGAUGUGUCCAGCUGAUAAGCAGACCUUCAGCUCCUUCGCCCACGCUCAGGUGGCCAUCACAAAUGAGGUGUACCAGCACCUGGGAGACCCCGAGUACUUCCUCUUCUGUCCUACAGAUUAUUGUGCUGCAUUCUGUACUCCCACUGUGUCCCAGUCCUCUUACCUGCACACUGUGGGAGAGCAGCUGCUGCCUGGGAUAGACAUACUGUGGACUGGUCCCAAAGUGGUAUCCCACAAAAUCUCAGUUGAGUCCAUAGAAGAGGUGUCCUCCGUCCUGAAGAGGGCACCAGUCAUAUGGGACAAUAUCCAUGCAAACGACUAUGACCCCCAAAGGCUUUUCCUUGGACCCUUUAAGGACCGUCCCACUGAGCUGAUUCCCAAACUGAGAGGAGUGCUCACCAAUCCCAACUGUGAGUUCUACCCAAACUUUGUGGCCAUCCACACCUUGGCUACAUGGUGCAAAGCUACAGCUGAUGGGGGACAGAGGGAUGUGGAAAUGGCUGGCGAUGAGGAGCAGGAUCCCUGCUACAGCCCCCAGAAAGCCCUCAUCCUGGCCCUCACCGACUGGCUGCAGGAGUUUCUGAGCACCGAUCAACCUGGAGGCCUUUGUCGUCCUUCAGCUCGUCUCAAGAAGGAGUCGUCAGAUGAGGAGCCCAUGCAGACAGACAUGGGAGAGAACUCCUAUGUUCCUGGACCUGGGGAGAAUCCGCUGUACACAGCCGAGCCUCUGACCCUGGAUGACCUGAAGCUGCUGUCGGACCUCUUCUACCUGCCGUACGAACACGGGGCAACAGCCAGGACCAUGCUGCAGGAGCUGGACUGGCUCAAGAACCACAGCUGGGCCGCCACUGCAGAGACAGACACGUUUUUUCAGACUGCAGAGUGGCGCUCGAGAGCAGCGCAGUUUGAUGACAUGUGCGAAGCGGUGGUGCAGAUGUUCAAUCGUCUGUCAAACGCCCCAAACCGCAGCAUUCUGUACGACCUCUACAACUACAUCUGUGACAUCAAGAGUGGGGUCGGCCUGGCUCGAGCCUACGUGAAAACACUCGGAGGGCAGGGACGACCCUCAGCCCAGCCGAUGAACGAUGAUCCUGAACCCUGGGGCUUCAGAGGAGGCCUCUCUGGAGAGUUCCAGAGAAUGCUGCCUUGUCACGGAAACAGAGACCUGUUCAGACAUCCUCCCAUGACGGCGGUUUACUGCAUACGGUCGUACUGCGCCGAGGACAAGAUUGUGGUGCAAAAGAUUUUCAGGGAGAUGCAGAGUGCAGGAGAGGGCAAAGUGCCCUUGAUGAUGCAGCCUCCACUUAUUUGUGACAGCCUGUCAGCAGGUGAGAUCUCCCCUUCCCCUCAGUGUGCGCUUGUCCUGGAGGAUGAGAUUGGGGUGUGUGGUUAUGCACUGGGACUCACAGACGCCAAACCAGCUGCAGCCAAGAUUCAGAGGGCAGUAAGUGAUUCCGUGUUCAAGGACUUCCCCGCCUUGGUUACUGUGCAAGUGUUGCCCCGGGUCACCGAUCCCUCUCCAGCCAAGCGUAUGAUUGGUCGGCUUUUGUCCUCCAUCAGGAGCAGCGGUUCAACAGGAGUUUUCUGUGAGUUGAGGCAGAACGAUCGGAGGAUGCUCGACUUUUACACUAAACUGGGCUCCUUCAAACCCAUACAAAUGGCCGGCCUACCCCAUGACAUCGUUGCCAUGGGGACGAGCCUGUGAGCAGGAUCAAUCACAAGGAUUUUUCUCAGGUGUGAAUGUUGAAACUGUGAGAAAUAAGUAACUUUGCAGCAUGAUAAACUUAACUCCAUCAUCAUUUUUGAUCAGUUAAAAUCAUUAUCACCAAUGUUUGUUUGCCAGUGUCCUCUUACAAAGUUGUAAAAUUAGUCAAAGAAACGUUUCGUGACAUUUGUGCAACAAAGUGUAAUGCUAAAUACUACUGAUUUUGUAGACAUUCAAAUUUUUAAAUGUAAAGUGAUUAUUUUUGAGAUACAUUUGUUGCUUUAACCCAGCAUAAUAAAAAUGUUCACCACAUAUUUGAACAAGUUUCAGAUUUGUUGCAUCUCUCAGACACUUCACGGCUGGUGGUGGACACAUUUUAAAAUAUGAUGUAUACACAACAAACCGUUCAAAUAAGAUAUUUUGAUUAUUUUUGAGAGGAUACACAAUUAAAAUAUGAAUGUUACAAAUAAAACAGCUGGUGUUUCAAUUAUUCUCUGGCCUUAGAAGCUAAUAAUAUUCAGUUUAUUAAUGUCUGAGAACCAUUUGUGGACUGUUCAGAAAAAAACGUAUCACAUGUAGUUUAUGAAUCAGAAGUAGAAAUGCAUCAAAUAACUCCACCUGUAACAUCAACAGAAUUGUAGUAACAGACUUCAGUGUGUCUAAACAGGAAGAAAAAACACAAAGCAAUGAGUUAAUUUAAUAUUUCAAGUAAUUUAAGAACAUUCGUUUCUUUUCUUUAAAAUAUGUUAUCCGGUUUGUUCCCCUGAGUGUCUGACCAGCAGAGUUUGGCAGCAGGAGAAAAGAUCCACAUUACCUGGGGCGAGAUGCAUAAACCAUGUACACAAAAAACCAUGCGUUUAGCUUUUCCUACACACUAACUGGUAUUUUUAAAGAAGGAAUAUGCGAUGACAGUAAGAGCGCCGCACAGUCUUCAGACCAGGCGGACAAACGGUUUUAGCUGAGAUGGUAGCACGUGAAAUGAUAAAGAUGAGAUUAAACAUUAGAGACAGAUUGUGUUUUUUUUAGGUCGUUAAUCAAAACCACUGAUUAUUACUUAUGCGGUCAUAACACCUCUCGAUAAAAUGUCAAUCAAAGGCACAUUUAUAAAUAUAAUUUGAUGUUAUUUGAGUGAUGAAUUUCAUCAUUAUUUUAUUUACAAUAAUAUCCCUGUUAAUGAUUGUUUAAUUUUAGCCCGUGAAGCACUUUGUAAAGUCAGUUUCAGCAUGAGCGCCGCUGUGAAGGAAGCACUGAUUGUCCACCUGAUGUCUGAUGAUGAGAAUGAUUUUACCAAUUGGCAAUAAAGAUGAUACAAAUAUCAACAGACAUGUGCUGUGACAGCUAAUUGGUUUGAGAGCCCCGCCAAUGCAAAACAGUUUGUGAAAUUGCACUUUCUUUAUCGUAUUUUUAAUGAACUGGUCUUAUAAAUGGUGAAAGAGCACAAGUAUCAAUACACAAAUGUGCAUUUCUACAUCCAAAUUAUGGUUGUGGGAAUGAGGCUUGUGCUUGUGCGACUAGCGCCACAAUGAUUGAGAUUUAUGAAACAGACUAAAGCUAAGGCUUUAAAAAUCUGAUGAAAAGAAUGCAUAUGCAUAUUUCUGCCUUUGUGUAUACACACAGUUUUAGUUGUAAAUCUACAGAGUUUAAUGCAUCUGGCCCCUGGUGUUUGAUAAAAUAACUGCCACUUAUAUAUAAAUAUUUUUUUAACCCCGGCGUCUCUGGAAUAUCAGUAGUGUCUAAUUAUAAAAGCAUUAAAAUUCUUAUUGGGUGGUGACCUGCUAGUGACCAUUUCUUCGUGACA